ACAAAUAUGGCGUCAUAAACAUGACUGAGUUCCUCUCUCUCUACACUAGCAGCAUUCCUUUGUUGGGGCUCGGGGUUCUGACAAAGUGCCUGACACGAUGACAGUCUUUUUAAGGGCCUGGAACAAUUCACUCUCACUUGAUUUCGUGCGAGAGUUUGUGUAGGCUACACAUUUUCACUGCAAUGGAGACUUCAGACUUACCAAGUCAAGUCAAUGAAGAUGGAUGUGAUCCACCAUCCAGUGUGGAGGAGGUCAGGAAGAAACGUUUAGCAUAUUUUAGUGCUAAUAGAACUUCCACUGACGAAAAGAAGGAAUGUACAUAUGAGCCGGAGGAACAAGUUUGGACAGCUGGACAAGCCAGUACUGUAUUUUCGAAGAAGACAUCUGUCCCAGUUCCCCCAGGUAAUGACAGUGGAAACCCGGAACAAAAGCAGUACAAUGCCACGGAAAGUCAUUUGAUCACUUCCAAAAACUCUCAGCUUUUGAUACCUAAGCAUUCAUCUAAUUAUGCAUCUCAGUCGCAUUACUAUAAUGGCGGCAAUGCGUUUGCUAGCAAUACUCAAGCGACAAAAGUUCACGACUCAAUAAGCUAUCCACAGCCUCAUCAAAGUUUUGAACCAAACAUGAGACCUGAUGGUCAUAGGUACCCGUUGGGCAUGAACCAGUUAAGUAUAGACCGAUCUGAAGAGUAUGAUAGAAUUUCGGUUUUCAAUAGUGUGGCUGACUAUAAUGAGCUGGGUUUAUCGACCCAUCGCCCGGAGUCAACUGGAGGGAUGAGUGAUCGGAGUAUCAGCAGAGAGUUUUACAAGUCAUAUGAACAGGGACGAACAGCUGAGGAUGUCUUUGGUGGUAAAAGUGCAGCGGAAAUGCGGGCAGCACUUGGAGACAGGGGUUUCGAGGAGCUCAUGUUGAAGGUGAACCAGAAUCUCGGCGUGUUACAGAGAGGCCGCAUGGCUGUCCAUCGAGCACACGAAUUGAAAACCAGUGGUGACCAGACAGAGUUGAAAGGUCAAGGAGAAUUACCUUCUAGAUCAUCUUCUGUUGACAGUAUGGAAAAAAGACAGAGAAUGCCAACUGCUCUUUCUCCGAGGCAUAGAAUUCAUUCAUCGAAUAGUCAGAAUUCACUGAGGGCCUCAACAGUCACUCGUAAUAUAAACCAGUUGAAGGAUGGAGAGAAAGAGGUGCUGACACUAGUGAGAAACUAUGACCAGGUGACUGUGCCAAGGAAUACGAAGAAUACUUACUCUGCAGAUGAAAUCUAUCGUGAGGCUUUCGGGACACAUCCUGACUUGUCAUCCUCUCUGGACAGCAGACCUGCGUACAUGAGUGCUUACCACCAAGCUUGGGGUCCUCCAUGGGCUGAUCGCAAUACCAAUUCAGGAGCCCAGAGCGAUCGAUCAAACCCACCACUUUCACCAAAGCGAAGACUUUCCCAUGACAGUGUGCCUGUAGGAUCUCAGCCAGGUUUUUCCCCCUACCAUCCGUAUCAUCAAGGUCCUUUUUCUUACCCACCGCCCCCUGUGCAUCAUCCGCCAUCUUACGAAUCUCAUUUUGCAAACGGAAUUCCUCCGCCAAGCCCGACUCAGGCUGUGCCAGCAUCACCGUACAGCCCACACGAUGGAGCUUUCUAUUUUUCUCACCAGCAUUCUUACAGAAGCCCAGCUAGCGGGCAACACCCCCAUCAUACUAUGGAACCUCAACAGUUUUACUCAGCAGCGAUCUCAAACCAGUCUUUCAUGCCCCCAAGCCCAAGUGCUGCCCCACCUUCCUCCGUACCACCUUUUUUUUACCCACCACACCAGAUGAGUAACCCACAGGUCCUCAAGUUCCCGACCAAUGGGGUGCCUCUUCACCUGCCCCCUCCGCCAAUCCCUCACCCUUACAAGCAUCAGGGUAAUGUGUCUCAGUACAGUCUUCCUCAUCAGUUUGCCCCGUCUUCUACCAGAAGGGGCAGCCUCACUCAUUAUGGGCAAUCAGGAUUUCAGGGUCAAGAAGGUCCUGUGUCAGGUUUCCUCAAGGUGCCCCACCCUCCACCAAAUCCCCCGGCUCUCAAGGGCAAAGAGGAGCUGUCGGAGCACAGACGGACAGCAUCAUCCGGGCAUCACAUAGUCCCACAGUCAGGAGGAGAAGAGGCCAACAGCUACAACCUACAGCGAUACUUCUCUUCCCUUGAACUCUACGACAGAGCAGCGACAGAUCCCUCCCCAGCUCCAUUGCCGAACACCAGUCGCAGCGUGGAGGGCGACUACUGUAAAACUGAGAAUGAUGACGACGACACUCAGUCAGCGUUCACCAGUGUGACAGGAGUCACCACUGCAUCUAAGGCAGGAGGGGUCACUCAAAGACUGCUGGAUCUCGGCAUGGAUCUGGAUCACCUCCGUCAUCUCAGAGUGGUGGAUAAGAAAGCGGAUCAGGAGCUGGAAGACUUGAAGUUCGAGAGGCUUUCAAAGGGCAUUCGAUAUUGCCCCGAGUGUGGUGCUUCCAACAAAGCGUAUAUGGACUGGUGUACCGAGUGUGGGGAAGUGAUAAUUGGUGUGGAACCAACCCUUCCUCUCAGCAAAAAGAAGCAGAUAGAGGAAAAGGAAAGGAGAAGGAAAAGCAGCUCAAAUAAAAUAGUUGCUGGUCAGAAUCAGUCCAAACUUUCAAAUGGAAAUGGGAGCAGUCAAAAGAUUGAGGAGGUAGAAGGUGCUGUUACAAGUUCAGGAUAUUUUCCUAAAGAUUCCCCAGAAUCGGGCCGGGGUCUCUCUUUGUCCAGUUCACCCGUGCGGUACAGGAGGGAACAAGAAGAGGUUGGAGAGCCGAAAGACAGUGGGAGAGCCUCUAGUGGUGAUAUGAGAGAGAGGGCUGUCCAUUCUCAGUCGGAUGGAGAACUCCCUGAGAAUGGAGACUGUGAAGGGAUAGAACAAGAGAACGCCAGAGAGGCCGAUAAAAUGAAUGAGGAUUUCUACGACCAAAUUUCAGACCCAGUGCUGAAGGAGUUUAUAAUUUCGUACAGAAACAGGCAGAAUUCAAAGGAUGUGUCAGACAACGGGGGUGUUGCCUCAUUUUCGUACAAUGCUGAAAGGACAAGUCCGACAAAGGCAAAGUAUCAGUCUGCCCAUCUUAAGAAUGAGAAAAAGUCUCAGUCUGAGUGGCCUUCUUCUACUUCAAACAUUGAUUGGGAAGCUUCGAACAGUGUAACCAAAAAGGAUGUAAGUGGUAACAAGAGCAUGGCUGAAAAUGUGAGGCUACCAGCAGAAAACAGUAUUGCGUGUCCUAAUGGAGAAGUGGAGAUUCAAGAAAAAGAGUCUUUGCCUUCCAAAAAAGUUUCAAAGAAAGGCAGUGGCAAGAAGAAAAAGCGUAAAGGAGUUAUGAUGGACGUUGAGAUCUUUGGUUACGAGGAGACUCGUUUGAGUCGCGACUCCACGAGAGGACAUAAUUUGGUGCCGUUACUGAAUCUUGCUUGUUCAAGUGAUGAAAGUGAUGAUGAUGAUGACGACGAUGAUGAUGAUGAAGAGUCAUCUGAGGAUAAUGACGACCACAACAAUAAAGAUGAGAGCAGUGGAGAUAAUAUUCUAGUGAACGGUGUCCAAAAUGAUUUCUCUGUGCUAAACGAAGAGGAAGAAGAUGAAGAGAAUGACUUUAGCACUGCGUCGUCAUCUCAAGGUCUUUCAGGAUCUCAGACCAAAUCCCAGAGCAGUAAGUCGACAAAAGCUAAGGUCAAAGUUCCAAACAGGUCCAUGGAUAGCCCCCAGACAAACAGUAGGAACCGAGGUGGCUCGGCUGGUAAGACAGGGGCUGCUCCGAUCUCAUCAAGCACACCCGCCAGAAGCGCUGGCCAGCCCCCUAACAUGCGGGCGAGCUGGGACCAAGGCAGCCAGAGAGCCAGGGGUGGGCGGGGCGUGCCGGCCAACUACCAGCGCCACUGGGCACGUUCCAGUGUUGCUUGGAGUUCCUAUAACCCACGGGAGCUCAGCACAAGGUCUAGCCUCAGUAUGCCAUCUCCCCAAGCCCACUCGAAUGGAAGACCGUCCUCCGCCGGGACAGGUCAAGUGUCAAAGGUUGCCAAUGCUUCGGGAGGUCGUAACAAUGGAACCAGUGCCAUCCCUGUGAGACAGCGGCCGUCUAGCGCGGAGUACAACCAGAGACGCCGCCCAGAACCCGAGCCAAAGCAGCGUCCAUCAAGUGCCACGGUUCGCCCCAGUCAAAGAAUGUCUCAGACACACUCCAAUCCAGACCUAGCUCACAAUGCAUCAACGGCGGCAGCCGGAGCCAGCAGGUACUCACAGAAUCGGCCAGCGAGUGCGAGGCAGUCAACUAGUACAGAGACGAGAAACAGAAACAGUGAUCCUAACGAUGCAGGUCAAAGGGCAAGGUCAGGGGCUGGGGUCUCGGCGACCUCGACAGUCACGGCCAGCUCCCAGGACAAGAGCAGUGAUGGUGACUCCCCUCGCGUCAUGUGUGCCGAGGUUCAUCGUCUGCCGCUGAAUGAGUUGACGGAUGAGCAACAAACUGAAAAGCUGCAUGCUGUUGCCAAAGCAGCUUAUGACAAGUUUCAGGAAAUGUCUCUCUACGGUCCCCAGACCCCGCGCAUCGACAAAGGUGAGCUGUCAAUGUGGCAAUGUCUCCCGAAUGAGAUCUGGUUCUACUACGUCUUCAAGUACCUGUCCCAGGGGGACUUAUGUCGUCUCAUGAUGGCUUCCUCCUACUUCUACUGUCUGGCCAACGACGAAAGUCUGUGGCGAUACAUCACGGUGAAGCAGCGAUUCCCCCUGACUGACAGCUCUCUGACGACCAUUGCACGCCACAACCCGGUCUCUGUUGCCAUGGUCAAGUGCCAGGGAGGUCAGGUGACCUUGAACGGGCUGCACAACUUUUUCCAGAACACGCGCAGCAAGCUCAAGGAACUGAACAUAUGUGGGUGCAGCCAGGGCUGUUUGGUUGGUGCUACUGUCCUGAAUGUUGCUGCCAACUACUGCCAGCGGCUGACACAUCUCGAUGCCAGUUUCUGCAAUGUCAAUGAAGAGUCCUUCACCGCCAUGUCAGAAUGUGCUGAGAGGCUGGAGAGUGUGUGUGUCAAUGGCUUCCAAUCAAUGUCUGAUUCCGCCUUGAACUCUUUGCUCACAAAACAUGGCAAGAGCCUUCACACCCUGGAGCUGUAUGCCUGUUUUUCCCUGACGGCGUCGGCAAUGCGCAGCAUAGGAGAACACUGCACCGCUCUCAAGAGACUUUGUCUGGGGAGCUGUAACAAGCUGACUGAUUCCAUGAUGAUCACAUUGUCCACUCAUCUAGCCCGCAUUGAAGAGCUGGACUUGAGGGGAUGUAAGAACCUUCGGAAUGACUGUAUUCGUAAGGUCGUCCGAAACUGCCCCCGCAUCCACACCCUGGUUCUGGCAAACUGUCAGCAGAUUUCUGAUAUUGCUGUGACUGAAAUUGCCACCUACCUCAAGAAUACCCUCAUGUGUCUGGAUGUGUGUGGCUGUGACAACAUCAGCGACCAGGGAAUCGUUACCCUGGCUAAAAACUGUGACCGCUUGACCACUUUGGACAUUGGCUCCACUCGCUGCACUGGCAGCAGUAUGUACCAACUGGCCAGCAACAGCUGCAGUCGAUGGCUGGAGACAGUGAAGCUGAGCUUCCUGAGCUCGGUCACAGAGGCAAGCUUGACCAGCCUUAUUAAACAGUGCCCCAGACUGAAGCUAAUUCAUGUAUUUGGAUGUUCAUCCUUGAGAAAUCUUGCCAAACUACGAGAUCUCAACCCCAAACUUUGCCUGGAAGGCGACCAUGAUGUACGAAGGAGCUACGUUUCAUAAACAAGAGCAUUAGGUGCCCUUUUUCCAAAAGUUUUUGGAAUCCAGGACAAAGGGAGCGUCACUGACCUCUCAUUUCUUUUACAGUAUUUUAUUGUCCUCUUUAUGUUAACUCACUGACUGCCAGGGGGUGAAUUCUCAAUUUAACCCUGGCUGCCAGCAAUUCAAGGUUGUUUUUAGAAUAUUCUUUGUCGGGUAACUAUUCAAAGCAGACCCUUUCCAUUUUCACUUUUUAUCAGUUUUCUGUUGUGUUUUUAUUCAGCUAGGCCUACAAACUGAUUUUUAAUUGGUGUAAAACUUUUGUUUUGUAUGGCAAUUGUAAAUAUGGAGAAAAAUUAACUCUGAGAAUUACUAGUUGAGGAAGUACAUGGUUUCCAUGCUCAAAGGUCACACAAACUGCUCUCGAAGGAAGCUAUGACUUUAACAUGUGGGUAUGUCUAAAAAGAGUACAUGCCUACUACGUUUAUAUUACUAUAUUACACUAUCGCCGAUCGGCGUCAUGGGGGGGGGGGAGCCGGUGUCACCGAUCAGAGCCCCGUGAGGGACAAGUUGUAAACAGCCUGAAAAAGGUGUAUGCACUGAAGCAAUAGCAGGACACUCAAAGAUAAUAAAUACAUUUCUCAAGAAAACUAAGCCCUUGGGAUUUAUGACAAUGUCUUUUCAUGAUCAAGAUUAUUGUCAUUUUACCCCAUCUGUUUUUGAAAUUUCAUUCAACCACCAUAGUAUACAGCUAGGGAGUAUCUUUGAGGAGAACUGACUGCAAUUUAGGAUGAAAUAGUUUUGUAUGGUGUCUGCUCACCUCACACUCUUUCCCCAUGAGAAACACUGUACAUUUUGAGAUAAUGGCUGUUCAGACAAAAUAUCGUCUAAAUAAAGACAAAAAUUAAGUACAACUGUACAUUUCCUAACUUGAUUUUGUCUGAAAACCUGAACUUUAUUUCUUCUAACAGAAAAUGAGUGAAUUCUUCUUAAUUCCAUUAAUCCUUUCCCAUUCUCUUAGCCUUUUCAGAAUGAACAAUAUAUUUCCUUUGUUUCUUUAUAACGGGCUGAGUCAGUAUUAUCUUUAUUAUGUGGGUGAAUUUUCUAUUUGAAUUUGAAGUGCUGUGACCAUCCCAAAAUCUAUUAUCACAAUUUUUAGAAA